CGCUGGGCACACAUUUGGCAGCCGUUGUGGCAAAUGAUAAUAUAAAUAAAUCAGAGAACGAUUACCAGAGUUUUGUAGAUUCUACUAGAAAUCCUCAGAUCUUCGCCCACUGUGCUAGGUGUUCGCCGAUUUGAGUGUAUGUGUGCAUAAUUUUUAUAUAUCAAAAUUCCAUUUUAUGUGCGCCCGUUUAUAUACUUUAAAAAUAUCCCACUGGCAGAGCAAAUAUUUUUAGGCGCUUACGUAAGCGUGUUCAACGUCCAGCGUUUUGUAUUUUGUAUCUGCCGCGGAACGUUUUUAUUUUUACCAGACAGUCUUCGAGCGAGUGUGUAAGUAAUUUAAUAUGAGCGAUGCGCUGCUGUUUGAAUGUUGUAACUAAGCGCGGCUAAUCGAUAAGCGAUAGGUAGCUCUGGGUCAGAGUUGCCAGACUGCAGAACAGGGCUCAAAACAGCUGUUGCUCGGGGUGAAUGGCAAACGCGUUUUGCGCGCUUUUUAACUGUGACUGCCAACUAGGAAUUUUAACACACGCCUUGGCUUAAUUAACUAUUAUUUAGUAUAAACUAACCACCGAUCAACAAAACAAACGCUUAAAUGGCUGCCGUACGUCGCUCCACGCGAUUGAGUAGCAUCAGCAAGGCGGCCGCCGCCUCUCCGCUGCCGCAGUCGACGCAGUCGCCGCGUCGCUCGGAAGUUUGGAAACGCAGGCAGCCGAAGAAAGUAAUUGCUGAUAGCGACGAGGAGGAGGUGACCUAUGACCUGACCAGCCCCGUUUCAGAGAACAACGAGAACCGCAAUCUGCUCAACAAAAUGGACAAAACCUCACGGCGCAGGACUUCUCAGGUGCAACUGCAGGCCACUCAACUGGAGCCCCCAAAGACGCCACGCAGCACCAAGAAAACAGCUGCUAUUUCACGAUCAAAACGGGAGGCGGAGAACCGCGAAGCCGCUGCGAUCUUCUUGGAUGACAGCGAUCAGGAACAGGAUGUGGACCAGCUGCAUGUUUCGCCACCUAAACAGCGCAGGUUGCAGCCACUGCCGCAGCAUCUUAUAAGUCCUUCGCGGCUACUGGACAGGCUCAGCAUCGACGAACGCCAGGAGGAGGCGGAUAACAAGACUGACAGAGAGCAGGAUGAGCACCAAGGGAGGCCUCUGGCCAAGAAACAGGAAAAGCCUUUAGCCAGGCAGCAGGAAGACGAUCCUCUUGCCCUGCCGCAGGGGAAACCUCCAGCCAAGCAGCAGGAAAAACCUCUAAACAAAGAUCCGAAGCAGCAAGAAAAAUCUCUAAUCAAGCAGGUGGAGAAACCUGUAACCAAAUCGCUGGACAAAGCUCCAAUCAAACAGCAGGAUAGACCUCAAAUCAAGGAACAGCAGGGCAAACUCCCAACCAAAGAGGAAUCCAACCAAGAUAACCUGCCCUUGCCAUCCCGCAACAAGUACCAAAACGCCAGACGAGUACUAAACAGUGCCGAGACCCAAAAUUUGCCAGGAAGAGAGGCCCAGCUGCAAGAGCUACGUGAAUUCUUUAGCAGUCACUUGGAAAGUCAGACCUCCGGCAGCCUCUACGUCUCCGGCCAACCGGGCACAGGAAAGACCGCCUGCCUAUCGCUACUACUAAGAAAUGAGGACUUCUCCCGGCGCCUUCAACGAGUGUACAUCAACUGCACUAGCAUUGCCAGCGUAGGAGCCGUUUACAAGAAGCUAUGUGCUGAACUCCAGCUGAAAGUCAGUGGUCGCACUGAAAGGGACCACUUGGAGGCCAUUCAACGUCAUCUGAGGACAGCCAAGCGAAUGCUACUGCUAGUGCUCGACGAGAUUGAUCAGCUUUGCACCAGCAAGCAGGAGGUGCUGUACACGAUCUUUGAGUGGCCCGCUCUACCCGGUUCCAGAAUACUGCUCGUGGGCAUUGCCAAUAGCUUGGAUCUCACAGAUCGGGCGCUGAUGCGCCUGAAUGCCAGGUGCGAACUAAAGCCCAGACUGAUGCACUUCCCGCCCUACUCCAAGCAACAGAUCGUGGAGAUCUUCAAGUCGCGCCUGGCCGAAGCAGACGUGCUGGACGUCUUUCCGCCCGUGACCCUGCAAUUGCUGGCCGCCAAAGUGAGUGCGAUCAGCGGGGAUGUGCGAAGGGCGCUGGACAUUGGACGACGGGUGGUCGAGAUUGCGGAGCAGCAGAAACGCGACGGUGAAAAGGAGUUCAACAUGAAGGCUCUCCAACUGGAUGGCAAGGAGGCAGUAGAGGCCAAAGAAAAGCAGGACACUCUGAAGCCAGUUCAGGUCACUCAAGUGGCUGCUGUGCUGAACAAAGUUUACGGAGCCUCGCAGAAUCUAGAGGAGGACAUCGAGGCUUCCUUCCCGCUGCAGCAGAAGCUGAUGCUGUGCACCCUGGUGCUGAUGCUGCGCAACGAGCGUAACAAGGACAUCAGCAUGGGUCGCCUGCACGAGGUCUACAGGCGAGUGUGUGCCAAACGCAACAUACUGGCCCUGGACCAAGCGGAGUUCACCGGAACCGUGGACCUGGUGGAGACCCGGGGCAUCCUGCGCAUCAUGCGCAAGAAGGAGCCGCGCCUGCACAAGGUCCUGCUGCAGUGGGACGAGGAGGAGGUGCACGCGGCACUCAGCGACAAGCAGCUGAUCGCCUCGAUCCUCAGCGACACCGCCUGCCUGAGCAAGUGACGAUCUGGACGAUUACCUCUAGGAAAUUAGUGUGCCAGACAAUCCGCUGGUUAAUUGCGCAUUUCUCUCAUUUUCAUUCACCUUGGGGACGAACAUAUAUAUAUAAGAAUACUUUUUGACGCUAAUUUUAAAAUUCGUGGCUCGCGCAAGCACUGAAAUAUUUUGAAAUAUCAUUUGAGGGUCACUUUCGAAAUUUUGCUUGACUAUUAAUUGAAUCGAAUCUUGGGGAUUUUAUGUGUGUAAUAAAUUUAAGUAAAUGUUGCGCCCAUAAUCUAUUUCUAAUCCGAUCCGUUGACCAAUAAGAUGUAGACAAUUCAUUUCCUGUUAGCCCUAAGAAAAUAAGAAUAAAAUAGUUCUGCAAUAUACAAAA